AUGGCUUCAUUAAUAUGGGGACUGGUCUGCCUCGCUGGCAUCCUGGCUUCGGGAUCUGUGGGAACUUUGGCACAGCCUCGGUCACAGCACCGGCAGAUGCUGUCAGUCAGUCCUCCUGUCUCACGAGUGUCCUCGCAGUUCCACCCAAGAAUCCGUGAGCGCUUCGACGAUAUCACAUCUAUUGAACAAACCUCUGACGAAGUACCGAGUGCUGAAACUUUUCGGGACGUCCAGCUGGAUGAUUACACCGUCCAAGACUUCCAGCAGCGGCGGGGCGUCCGAGCAGGUGCCACCAACCACCUGCCGCUGGAUGGACGGAGAGCUCAGGGUGGAGCUGGUGGCACUGAUUCCAGGUCUGAUCGUUAUCAGCCCUCCGACCAUCAGUCGCCACAGAGGCAGCGCAGCAGCCAGCUGUUGUCACCGCUGCAGCGCGCAGACUCUCCUGCAUCCAGCAGAACCAGCGCAGAACCAAAAUCUAACUGCAGAAACCGGCCAAUAGACCUGGUCUUCAUCAUAGACAGCUCCCGAAGCGUGCGCCCCGCUGAGUUUGAAAAGGCCAAAGAGUUUCUGCAGGACAUGGUGGACAGCAUGGCUAUUGGCUCUGAUGCCACUCGAGUUGGCCUCGUCAACUAUGCCAGCACAGUGCAGAUUGAGUUUCUGCUGAAGAAGUAUUUCGAGAAGUCCUCCCUGAAGCAGGCGCUGGCCCGUAUUGAGCCCCUGGCUUCAGGCACCAUGACAGGCAUGGCCAUCAAGACCGCAAUGGAGAAAGCUUUCACUGAGGAGGCAGGAGCUCGAGCUGGCGCCAUGAACAUCGCCAAAGUGGCCAUCAUAGUGACGGAUGGGAGGCCCCAGGACAAGGUGGAGGAAGUGUCAGCAGCAGCACGAGCGUCAGGGAUUGAGAUCUACGCGGUGGGAGUGGACAGAGCUGACAUGGCGUCCCUCCAGCUCAUGGCCAGCACCCCCCAUGAUGACCAUGUCUUCUAUGUGGAGACCUACGGUGUCAUAGAGAAGCUCACUUCCAAAUUUAGGGAAACUUUGUGUGGUAAGGAUGAUGAUAAUGGGAGUGCUGAUAUUCCAAUAGAUGCCGGAAUUGAUGAUAAUGGACUAGGCCUAGGUGGCAGGAAGGACCGUAAUGGAAUAAAUAAUGAACGUGGCAAUAAGGGAGACAACGGUUCGGAUGCAUGUGCUCAAGGACACAGUUGCCAGCAUAUUUGUGUCAACAACGGCAACUCUUACAGCUGCAAGUGUCGCUCGGGCUACGUCUUAAACCCGGACAAGAAAACAUGCUCACGUUCUGAUCCAUGCACCCAUGGACAUGAGUGCCAGCACAUUUGUGAAAACAGUGAUGACUCUUACAUCUGCAAGUGCCGAUCAGGAUAUAUGUUAAAUGCAGACCAAAAAACGUGCUCACGUUUUGAUCCAUGUGGCUAUGGACAUGAUUGCCAGCACAUUUGUGUAAACGGUGAUGACUCAUACACCUGCAAAUGUCGAGUGGGAUAUGAGUUGAACCCAGAUAAGAAAACAUGCUCACGAUCGAAUACAUGUUCCCAGGGACACGGCUGCCAACACAUUUGCGUCAGCACUGAUGACUCGUACAUAUGCAAAUGUCAGAUGGGAUAUGUGUUGAAUGCAGACCAGAAAACAUGCUCACCAUCGGAUAUAUGUGCCCAGGAACAUGAUUGCCAGCACAUUUGUGUCAACAGUGGUGACUCGUAUGUCUGCAUGUGUCGAGCGGGAUAUAUUUUGAAUGCAGACCAGAAAACAUGCUCAAGUGCAGGUUCAGAUGCAUGUGCCAAGGGACACGACUGCCAGCACAUAUGUGUCAACAAUGGGAACUCAUACACCUGCAAGUGCCGAGUGGGAUAUGUGCUGAAUGUGGACAAGAAAACAUGCUCACGUUCAGAUGCAUGUACUCAGGGACAUGACUGCCAACAUAUUUGUAUCAGCAAUGGAGAUUCUUACAACUGCAAGUGUCGAGGGGGAUAUAUGUUGAAUGCAGACCAGAAAACAUGCUCACAGGAGAUGAGAGGUGAAAUAACUCAAGAUGCCUGCAUGUGUGAAGCUCAAAUUUUGUUCCAGAAAAAAGUGCAGUCAACCAUUCAGGAGCUGAGCAGAAGACUGGAUGAGCUUUCAGACAAAGUGAACCUGAUUGAGGGCCAACAGCAAUAUUAGAAACAACAAUGCCAUCUGAAGACAUUUUCCGGACAUCCAAUUUUCUCGACCAGCGGAAUUCAUCUGUGACCUACAAAUGUCUUAAUAUUUGACUGAAAAUGUGCGUAGUAUUCAUUUCUCAUCCAGUGAACUGGUGGCAGCAGCGUUGUUUAAUAUCAUAAAACUGUAAUCUUACAUUCACAACACAGUAGGUAGUUUCUUCUUACAGUAAAGUCAGGUGUAACUGGUGUAAAGGGGUACAUGUGCUUGCAUAAUUAAAAGAAAAACAACAUUCCCUGCUAACAGUUACAGUCAUUGAGUUCAGAUUAAAAUUAUGUAAGAUAAUUAAGGAAUUUACAGAACAAAAUAUUUAUUUGGAAUUAACAUGUUAAAAGUUCAGUCUAUGCUUUCAUAAAUAUUGUUUAAAUUAUUUUUAGAGGAAAACAUUUUGUAUCACGUUCUUGUUGUGUAUUCAGUACUUUUGGAGUAUUUCUGGAGCCAUGUAGUAUAGGGUUCUUAGCAGAACACAAAGUCUCCAUCCACAGUAUAAUACAACAACUAAUCUCUUAUGCAACAAGCGCACUGUUUGUGUUGUUGCAGUCUUAGCUUGUAGAAAAGAUCAAAAUAUACUCUGAUCCAAAUGGCCCAGGGUAUAUUAAAUCACAGGGCAUUACUAUAAUCCUUUUCUUUGAUACACAAAAUAUUUUUUUUUGUAACAGACAGGUACAGUUAUUUAGGGGAAGACUACAUACAGUUUAGAAAGUUAAAGGUUGACUGGACUGCUUCAGUACUUUGCACACGUGAAAAGUCUUUUUCUUUCUGGCAGCAGUCCAAAUUUCAAUUCAAGGUUCUGGAAACAUGACACUGUGUUUUCCUCAUACAAUACACAUGUACUGUAUACUCUUCUUUCAUACAGCCGUGGUGUAAACUGACAGUAAUGUGCAUGAUGUAUUGUGGUACUUUUGUGAUACAUAACAACUUGUCUGUAUAUUUUCUACUGCGUAUGUAGCGACAAAUAAAUAUUCUAAAACCAUGGA